UCCUUCCUCCAAUGAAAUAAAUAAGUAUCAGCAUCUGUAAUUCCUUUAUUUUUAUUUUUUGUUCAAAUAUUUAGUGUAAUUUAUGUUUUCUUCUUCCCCCUUUUUCCUUCUUUCCAGUUUCCACACGUCGAACUCCCAAAAUCCCCAUUUCCAAUCAAUCAAAAACUAGAUUUUCCCCCUCCAAAAUCCGAUUUUUUAAUCUUGGUUUUCCUCGAAUUAGAGAGAUCUCCUUUGUUUCUACUUGUUUUCGCGGUUAUAAACCCUAGUUCCCAUCUUUCUCUGAGCUCAUUAAUCUUUUACUAGGGUUUCAUCUACCUACGUGGGUUCUCUCUCCAAUUUGAUCCAUUUAAACCCUAAUUAUAAAUCUCUUGGUAGUAAUUUGUUGGAUUGUAAUGUCGUGUACUUCUCCGGAUCCUCCGGCUUAUUGCUCGGCCGCAUCCCCUGAGCUAAAACUAUACCAAGCUUUCAUCUUUUCGGUCCCCGUUUUCUUCACCUUCGUUUUACUCCUCGUCUUCUACUUGUUCUACUUGAGGAGGUGGAGAGCGAGUUGGCAAUCUCUGAGGAUGAGAGCCAAUCACCUCAGCAGGGGAGAUCUCCAAAGACCGUCGGAGACGGGGAUUAAGAAAGAGGUUAGGGAGAUGCUCCCGGUGAUCGUGUUCAAGGAGAGCUUUUUGAUCAGAGAGACACAAUGCUCAGUUUGUUUAGGGGAAUAUCAAUCGGACGAACGACUACAAAGAAUACCUCCCUGCGGCCACACCUUUCACGUGGACUGCAUCGACCAUUGGCUCGCCACCAACACGACGUGCCCUCUAUGCCGAGUCUCGCUCCUCCCAACACCGAAAGCAGCUAAAUCUAGCCCCCUUCAUGAUGAAGACCAAGCUGUCGAAGAAGAGAACUCGCACGAAGAAUAUACAGAGAGGCUCACAAGUGAGAGAACAGCUCAGCAUGAGAAUGAAACAGAAGAGAGGGAGGCAGAUAAUACAGUUGGAGAAACCGAAGAAGUUAGGCAUCAGGGAGAAGCUUCCUUAGUUGUUAAUGUAGAUCCUUAAUUCCGCAACGAUGGUAGCGUCGACAUUCUAAGCCGCUAAAAGUGUAUGCAUGUUAAAAUCAUUUGGGCAUUUGUGGAUACACCGAACCUCGGAUGUUAUUUAAAACUCUCAAGCAUUUUUCUGAUUCGAGACAAAGUUCCAUUAACUUGUAAGGGAGUGUAAGAGCUAAAUAAAAAGGCAAUUGUGACUACUCUACAAGUAAGGGUGUUCUCGCAA